AAAACAUCUUACCGCGAUACUUGUGCUUUAAAAUGUCGAUCGAGCCCAACUUGUCAGGGAAAGACUAAAGUGGCUGGUAAUGUGCUGAAACAAAGUGCUGUUUUGGGAACAGAAAACAACCUAGUUUGGAAUACAUCUAUCUAUUGGGAGUCAAACCUACGUUGCUCGCUGACAGUGCUCCAAAACAGCCUGUAGCUUCGUCAACCCUGGGCUCGCUUGAAACAUUUAGCGACGCCCCCUAGCAUCCACUGCGACUAGUCGCGCAGUAACGAUAGCGAUUAGCUUGUAGCUUUCAAACCCCAGGAGCCAGGAUGCGAGAGGAUUCUUUGUGAGGAACGACCCCAUCCACGUGCCAUGUCUUUGGUUUUCCCUCGACCCAACACCAACGCAGUACACGGCAAGAAGGAUAAGAGACUGAUGGCGGAAGUGAAUGCAUCGCCACUCAAGCAUUUUGUCACGGCAAAGAAGAAGAUCAACGGGAUCUUUGAGCAGUUGGGGGCCUACAUCAAGGAGAGCGCUUCCUUUCUGGAUGAUACUUACAAAAAUGAAGAGCUGGACCCAGUCGCCACAGAGGAGCAGGUCCAGGAGGUCCAGGGCUACCUGGCCAAGGUGGCAGGGAUUGGAGAAGUACUUGCACGCAGGCAUAUGAAGGUGGUCUUCUUUGGGAGGACGAGUAAUGGGAAGAGCUCGGUGAUCAAUGCCAUGCUCUGUGACAAGGUGCUGCCGUCUGGAAUAGGACACACCACCAACUGCUUCCUGAGGGUGGAGGGCACCGAUGGCAAUGAGGCCUUCCUGCUCACGGAAGGCUCCGAGGAGAGGAAGAGCAUAAAGACGGUGAACCAGCUGGCCCACGCGCUCCACCAGGAUGAGGACCUGGACGCCGGCAGCUUGGUCUGCGUCAUGUGGCCCAAAGCCAAGUGUGCUCUGCUCAGGGAUGAUCUGGUGUUGGUGGACAGCCCAGGGAUAGAUGUUACCACAGAACUGGACAGCUGGAUUGACAAGUUCUGCCUGGAUGCUGAUGUUUUUGUUCUGGUGGCAAACUCUGAGUCCACACUGAUGCAGACGGAGAAGUCUUUCUUUCACAAGGUCAAUGAGCGGCUCUCUAGUCCCAACAUUUUCAUCCUCAACAACCGCUGGGACGCCUCAGCCUCCGAACCUGAAUACAUGGAGGAGGUCCGCAGGCAGCACAUGGACCGCUGCACCAACUUCCUGGUGGAUGAGCUGGGUUUGGUGGACCGAGCCCAGGCCAGUGACCGCAUCUUCUUCGUCUCUGCCAAGGAAGUCCUUCAGGCUCGUGUGCAGAAGGCUCAAGGAAUGCCUGAAGCAGGUGGAGCUCUUGCAGAGGGAUUUCAAGCCAGAAUGUUUGAGUUUCAGAACUUUGAGAGGCGAUUUGAGGAGUGUAUCUCGCAGUCAGCGGUGAAGACCAAAUUUGAGCAGCACACCGUGAGGGCCAAACAGAUCUCUGAAGCCCUGCGCCGCAUCAUGGAUUCAGUGCACAUUGCUGCACAAGAGCAGAGGGUCUACUGCCUUGAGACCAAAGACGAUCGCCAGGACCGAUUGGAAUUCAUAGACAAGCAGUUGGACUUGUUGACCAUGGACUGUAAGGCCAAGAUCAAGAAGAUCACUGAGGAGGUGGAGAGACAGGUGUCUAAUGCCAUGUCAGAGGAGAUCAGGAAGCUCCAUGUGCUGGUGGACGACUUCCACAUGGACUUCCACCCAUCACCAGUGGUACUCAAGGUCUACAAGAAUGAGCUCCACCGGCACAUAGAGGAGGGUCUGGGCAAGAACAUGUCCGAGAGGUGCUCCACCUCCAUCACCAGUUCCCUGCAGGCCACACACACCGACAUGAUCGAGGGUCUGAAGCCUCUGCUGCCCAACCCGGUCAGAGAGCAGGUAGACAAGCUGGUUCCCCGUCAGUGCUUCAGCCUCAGUUAUGACCUGGCCUGUGACAAGCUGUGCAGUGACUUUCAGGAGGACAUCGGCUUCCACUUCUCUUUGGGCUGGACCAUGCUGGUCAACCGCUUCCUGGGCCCUAAGAACACCCGGCGGGCCCUCAUGGGCUACAACGACCAGGUGCCCAGGCCCCUGGCUCUGACUCCUGUCAGCAGCAGCAUGCCUCCGUUCCCCCAGAGCUCCGUCACCCAGGAGGAGCUCAUGGUCUCCAUGGUUACUGGGCUGGCUUCCCUUACCUCUCGUACCUCCAUGGGUGUCCUUGUGGUUGGCGGCGUGAUCUGGAAGGCAGUGGGCUGGCGUCUGAUCGCCCUGUCAGUGGGUCUGUACGGACUCCUCUACAUCUACGAGCGGCUCACCUGGACCACCAAGGCCAAGGAGAGAGCCUUCAAGAGACAGUUUGUGGACUACGCCAGCGAGAAGCUGCAGCUCAUCGUCAGCUAUACCGGAUCCAACUGCAGCCACCAAGUCCAGCAGGAGUUGGCAGGUGUGUUUUCUCAGCUCUGCCAGCAGGUAGACGUCACCCGUCAGAACCUGGAGGACGAGAUCACCGACAUGAACAGCAAGAUGGAGCUGCUGGACAGCCUUCAGAGUAAGGCCAAGCUGCUGCGGAACAAGGCGGGCUGGCUGGACAGCGAGCUCAACAUGUUCACCCAGCAGUACCUCCACCACAGCAAGUAGAGCACCCAGAGGAUUGGCUGAGAGACUGAGAAAUACCAGAGGAACAUCUGGAACACCUGCCGAACCGAACCCCCCCACCCCCGUAGAUGACACACUUCUGUAUUUAGAAGUUAAUGAGAGGAAAUACUCCACAAUGUUGUGAAGAGAAGACGAGAAAAGAGAAGGGAUGGUUUGAUGUGAGAGGAAGAGUUACCUGGUGGCUGAGACGGAGAUAUGUCGACCUGAGCUCCGGUUGGGUGUCCUGUGCUCAGCUGGUGACCUGUCGCACAAAACUAAAAAGUGAGUCAGCUAUUAGAUAGAAGCCACAACAUAAAAUAUUAAAUGGAUAAAAAAAAAAAGUUUUAACCAACCCCCUACCAUGCCCUCAGUGUAUUUCCUGAUGCUUGUUGUCAUCGUUGAGCCCUUUGAUGUCCAGUCGUGGUGAUAUGUCUCCAGACGUCUGACGCGUCUAAGCCCUGGACAUCAUUAGCACUGUCACAAACUCCACACUGGCCUUUUUUACAUCCGAUUCCAGUUAACUCUCGCCACAUUGAACGUGUGUAGGUUUUGAUUUUGUAAAUACAUUAGGAACAACGGACGCCGCCAUACUGACGUAAAAAAAGCAGUCCACAUGAGGGAGUAGAAGGAAGGGGCUUCUGUUAGAAGGAUACUGCAACAUCAGUUAUUCCUCCAGCUGUUGUUGUUGUUUUCGGGAAAAUGUAGCCCUUGUUCAGAGGACGAAGCUGUUGGAAAUGAUCUUGGUUGUAGUUGGAAAACUGAGAAACAACUGUCUUAUUGACCUGCUCUCCUUUUUUGUCAGUCAGAGUGACGAGAAGGAGGACCACUUGUCCCUCUCAAAGCUUGGUCCUGUGAGCACUAGUAGAAGUGGCCACAGCUGUUGAUGGUCUCAGAGUGGAGAUGGCUGAUUAUUUAAACUACAUAUAAACCCCUUGGCCCUAUAUGUACAAUAGCCUGACGUCUACAUUUGUAUGUAGUGUAUUUGCUGUACUGUUCCUUCCGAGGGUAAACCCACAUCUUUGUUUUGCAAGGAUACUGAAGUUGCUUGGGCUUUGAAGUCAUUGAAUAGAUUUUAGCAUUUUAAACAACAGAGUAGAAAAAUGUAAGAUUCCUUUAUCCUAACUUUAUGGGUAAAGAGAAAAUAGUGCAUUUGUUGGGGGGACUGUUUUCAGUGUGAACAAUGGAACUACAUGGCACGGAGGAAUGACAUGUAUCAGGCGUUGAAUACUUAAUAGGAUACACUCAUUUGUCAUUCGUUUCAUUCACUUUGUAUUCCAUAACUUUGAGGACUAGAGCCUAUGUGAGAUGUUAUCAGCACGUGUAAUCUGUUAAAGCCGGGGUUGGGCAGUUUAUUUUGGCCGUCGUUGGGCAAAGAUUCCGUACGUUUUUAGCAUAUUGUAAAUCAAGAGUUUGAAGAGAAAACUAGGACUUGUGCGCCUCCUCUUUGCGCUGUUCUCAGGCUUUAGUAAAUCUAGUCCGUGAUGGGAGACUUUGGCCAAUCGCGGGCCAUUUCAGAGAGAGAGCAUUCCUAUGUUAUUUUUUUUUAACGUCACAACCCCCGGGAAUUGACCGGUUACUAUCAGAAUUUCAUCCAUUCGAUCCGAUAACAUUUAGAAAGUGUAGAAGAGCAGCAUGAUUAAGUCAUCGUAUACCCAUUCAAAUUAGGCGGGGUGCUUCACGCAACUCUCAGCGGAAUGAACGGAGCUCCGCCUCCAACGCUGUAUCCAAUUCUUAUUCUACUAAUACUAUUAUCUAUGCCCACAGCUUUAAUUGGCAGAUGUCAGCACAUAAAUGCCAAAGAUAUGUCCGAGGACAAUUAAGGAGCCAGAGUUUAUAUUUACUCACUCAGCAGAUACACUGGUCACUGGUCAUUAUUUAAUAACCACAUUGAAAGAAUUCUCAUGACAAAUGUUAAUGUUCCUGUAAUGUGUUUAUGUGAAACGAUAGCUCUGACUUGGCAGAUUAUGAUAUGAUGAUGAUGAUGAUGAUAUGAUGAUGAUGAGCCUAUAAAAUCCACUAUUGCUCGGUCUCCGACACCUUUACAUUUGAUGUCCUCAACCACAAAAUGUUUGGAUUUUCAAAACGUCCGUGUGGAGUUCAGAGGGGAUUGGGUAUGUCAGGUGCACUAAAAUCAAACUGCGUGGGUGUGCAACUUCAUUUUCAGCUUUCUCUCAUUAAACUAAAGACUUUUCUCACCAUUCACAAAUGAUCUCCGGUGUCGGAACGUCUUUCGCGCGGCCCUGAUUGUCUUCUGUACAUAUUUAAUAAAACCGACCCAACUGUUAACAUGUUUCUGAUGUGAGUCUGAUGGUAGCACUGGCAGUCAAAGUCUCCUGUGUAUCACCACUACUCAGUACUUUUCUUUGGGCAGAGGAAGGGUUUUGUCUUGCACUGAAUGCAUAUGUGGCCAGGUCUCUGCCAGCGUCACCUAAGGUUCCACUUCAAAACAAAGAGGUAGGAAUCUGAACUACAUAUGAUGGCGUAUAUAAGAGGGGCCAAAUCUAGCAACAGUUCCCCUUUUUUUUUUUUUUUUUUGAAAUUGUACUCUUGGUUUCUAAAAUGUGUAUAUAAUGUAAUUUAUUAAUUUGCCUUUCAAUUGGAAACAAUGGGGAAAAUGCUGAAUGAGACAAAACCACACCAGACUGGAUGUGCCUGAAUUAGUCCAGUAUGUAAAAGUUGUGGUCGAUUGGGCCAUGCUGUCAAUGAAAGCCAUACACUGUGUGUUGCCAAUUGAGCAGGAAGGCUGCCGUGAAGAUAUGCACUUUAUCAGUUUGCUGCUUUUUUUUGAUUUUUUUUUUUUCUUUUCUUGGAUGAAGUUAGUAUUUUCCCCAGAAUCCUCUCUACACAACACAAAGUUAGUGGUUUGGCUUCAGGAAGGUGAAAGUACCUAGCAUGCAGUGUGGAUGUUGUAGUUUGUUCAAAUGUUCAAAUAUGUAUGUAUGUAUGUAUGUAUGUAUGUGAAAAAUAAAGGUGACACCAUGCGAUAAACAGCUA